AUGUGCCACCGUAUGACCUGUCCCAACGACGGCAAGCCGACCUGGUGGGGAUGUGGACACCACAUCGAAUCAGUCCUCGCCGACGUCCCCGUCGAGGAGCGGUGCACAUGCGAGCACGUGCCGAUCGUCAACGUACCCGGCGUCAAGUUUAUGAAGACGGUCAAGAAGCGCGAGCCGGGGAAGAAUGUUGCCGACGCAAGUGCUGCGGUCCGCGAUGGGCUGUAG